AUGCGUCUCUUUUCUUUCUCUGUACUUUCCCUCCUCUCCCUCUCCCUCGCCUCUCCCUACCGUCCAGAUCUCACCGCAUACAACCUCAACAUUAAUCAGAAUGCCCAGUCUCCCCUCCAGUACCAGUCCACACGUCCAAACACAACAUACACGCCCUCCCCUCAGAACUGGCGUGCAAUACCCUUCUAUACCAUCCUUUUGGACAAAUUUGCUGACGGCGACCCCUCCAACAACCAGUUCUUCAACUCCAUGUACGAAUGGGACUGGCGCGAAACUCAGCUCAGGUAUGGCGGCGACCUCAAGGGCCUCGUUUCAAAAUUAGACUACAUCCAGGCAAUCGGCAUAAAGGGCAUAUAUCUCUCCGGCACAAUCUUCCUCAACAUGAUUUGGCAGGCUGACAGCUAUUCUCCACUCGACUUCACCGUACUCGACCCUCACUGGGGCACCAUCGACGACUGGAGAAACUUCAUAGACACCCUCCAUGCACGCGGUAUGUAUAUCAUGGCCGACUUCACCGUCGGAACCAUGGGCGACCUUCUAGGCUUUGAUGGUUAUCUCAAUGUCAGCGCUCCCUUCAGUCUCAACGAAUACGAUGUCGUAUACAAAAAUCCUUCUUAUCUCCCUUGGAACUUUACUGAAUACGUCGACUUUGAUGUCAUCAAUGUCCGAAACGACUCGUGCCAGAUGCCUGUCUUUUGGCAGGACAGUGGCGUGACCCAGCCCGUAACCACCAAUGGCUGUCUCGAAUCAGAUUUCGACCAAUAUGGUGACAUGGAGGCUUUCGGCGUCCACCCCGACUGGGAACGUCAACUCUCUAAGUUUGCCUCCGUCCAAGACAGACUCCGCGAAUGGAAACCAUCCGUUAUGGCGAAAUUGCAAGUCUUUGCAUGCAUGACCAUCACAGCCCUCGACAUUGACGGCAUCCGCGUCGACAAGGCUACGCAGAUGACUGUACAGGGCAUGGCGGAUUGGGCCACUGCCACAAGGCAGUGCGCUACAAAUCUCGGAAAGGACAAUUUUUACAUCACCGGAGAAGUCACCGGCGCCGACACCUUUGGCUCAUUGUACAUUGGCCGAGGACGCACCCCAGACCAAAAACCCCCUGGCUUCCUCCAAUCCGCAAACCUCACCGAAUCAGAGAACCAGUACUUUCUACGCACGCAGAACAACAAUGGCAUCGAUGGCUGCGCCUUUCACUACUCCAUCUAUCGCUCCCUCACUCGCUUUCUCGGCAUGGACGGAAAUCUUGAAGACGCAUACGACAUUUCUAAUAAUUUUGUUACUGCCUGGAACGAGAUGUUUGUCAACAACGACUUUAUCAAUCCCAACACUGGAGUUGUCGACCCCAAGCAUCUCUAUGGUGCGAGUAAUUUCGAUGUCUAUCGGUGGCCGAGCAUCGAGAAUGGGACGCUGAGAAGUGCAUUGGCGACUUUCAUCACGUCUUUGGUAAUGCCUGGUGUGCCUCUCUACUAUUAUGGAGAAGAACAAGCCUUUUAUCUAUACGACUCCACCGCCGCCAACUAUCUCUUUGGGCGCCAAGCGAUGAUGAGCACGAAAGCCUGGCAGCGACAUGGCUGCUACAAGCUUGGCUCUCUCCAAUACUUUAACAUGCCCCUCGAAUCCGCGUUACUUGGCUGUGAAGACGACUGGAACUCGCUCGACCACUUUGAUCCAACAUCAUCUAUGCGUCGGCUCAUGAAGCACUACUUAUACCUCCGCACCACUUACGCCUCUCUGCAGGACGGCUGGGACCUUGUUCAGCGAGGGAACUGGACGUAUUUUAUUGAUCGCCCAGGGUCAAAUGGGACGGCGACGGAGAUGGGCCUGUGGAGUGUAUCACGCGCAGGGAUCUCGGGGGUCCAAACCCUAAACGGCACACACACCGACCAAGUCUGGCUCCUCUUCUCCAACAUGAACACCACUCAAACCUGGUCGUACGACUGCACAAGCUCUCUUUGGAUCAGCGCGCCGUACCAGGGCGGGACGACGGUGAGGAAUCUGUUGGCGCCGUAUGAGGAGUAUGUCUUGGCGGACUCUUUGUCGAGCUAUUAUGCGAAUGGGACGGGGCCGUAUUAUGGGUGUUUGCAGAGUGUGGAGAUGGAUGUUUAUGGAGUCAAGGUGCUUGUGCCGGUUACGGAGUGGGUCUCCCCACCGCCUAUGCUCACGCGCUUCCUUCCCGGCCACGAUGCACGAAUCACGUCAAAAGCGGGGAGCGCGAACGACUCGCAGAUCGACAUAGUCCUCGAGUUCAACUUGGCGAUGUCGUGCACGAGCGUCACCUCCAGCAUCUCGUUCAACAUGUCUUCUUCGGGUGUGAGCAGUACGGUGGCGGUGGAUCAGGCGAGUGUGGUUUGUGGGAACGUGAGUGCGCCCGCUGUAGAACUUAUUUCGGGGGUGUCAGGCUCGGUAUGGCAGUGGGCUGCGACGGUGACGGGUGUGCCAGAUGGGAUAUUAGAGAUUAUAGUCAAUAACCCAACAACGCAGGACGGAACCGCGUCUACAAAUGCCAUCGACCAUCUCCUCCUCCGAAAGGGCGCUGCGAAUAACAUCAUGGUAUUCCCCGACUCUGACUACGACAACAACGCGUUUAGGCACUUUAAUGGACAGUACACAUUCACGCACCAGGCGUUUGGCGCGGAUAUGUUUAGGUAUUCGGGGAAUUAUGGGCAGAGUUGGUCAGCGUGGCAGAAUUGGGAGAAUGUGACGGUGAUUCCUACGAAUAUGUUUGAGAAUUCGACGAAUUUCUGGACGGGGCAGCAUGUCAUGGUUCAGUACUGGAGCGAGGUUGCCGCCUCUUCUAGCGUCGUCGCACAUGCGGAUCUUAACUACGCCACAGAGCGUCGUGUCCCUCAAUUCCUCGUUCGAGGUCCGUUCAACGACUGGGGGUACGACCAAGGUAUAUCGUCUCUCAUGACGCAGGAUGGCGACGGGACGUGGCAGCUCGAGAUCAUGGCUACGUGGCCUACGUACGUGCAGCUCAACGUGUUUGGAUACGACGAUUACUUUUACGGGGACGUUGAUGGGGACGGCGUGAUGGACCGACUGCCCCCCAACAGUAUUGCUCCAAACUACCUCAACCUCUCUGCGCCACCCUACCCGCACCUUGCCUGGGCUCUUUUCGUAGACGAUGCGACUAUGCAGUGGAGUUUGCAGCCCCGUGGAGAGUCUUCUGUGGGCGCGAUCAUGUUUGCUCUGCUGUUGACGAUUCCGUUGAUCACUGCAAUGCUCGCUGUCGUCGUGUUCAUGUGGUCUUUCUAUGGUAUCAGGCAUAAUAAGUAUGGUGUGAAGAUGAGCAAGCCCCACAGCAAGUACUUCCCCAUCAUCGGCGGGAUUGCCAAUCGCUCGUUCACGGAGCUGAAGGACACGACGAUCAUCUCUGAGAAGCUGUUUGGGAACAAACGACAUGUGGAUGUCAUUGGCUGGCCUGAAGAUAAGAAUAAGCGGCGUAAGGUCCUUAUCGCGACGCUCGAGUACGAGAUCAUCGACUGGAAGCUUAAAGUCAAGAUCGGUGGUCUUGGUGUGAUGUCGACUCUAAUGGGCAAAGCGAUGACGGAUGUAGAUUUGGUGUGGGUGAUCCCCAAAGUAAAAGAUAUCGACUAUCCCGCCGGAGAGCCUGCAGAGCCUAUCGAGGUCGUCAUAUUUGGCGAGCCCUAUUUGAUCGAGGUGGAGACGCAUGUGUUGGACAAUAUCACGUAUGUCAUACUCGACAGUCCUGUCUUUCGCGCGCAUACAAAGUCGGAUCCGUACCCAGCCAGAAUGGACGAUCUCAGUUCUGCGAUAUUCUAUUCGACGUGGAAUCAGGCGAUCGCGACGACGAUCCGACGGUUCCCGCUCAUUGACAUUUAUCACAUUAACGACUACCACGGUGCGCUCGCACCCAUCUACCUCCUCCCCAAAGUCAUCCCGGUCUGUCUCUCCCUGCACAACGCAGAGUUCCAAGGGCUGUGGCCGUUGCGCACCAAAGAAGAGAUGAAGGAGGUAUGUUCGGCGUUCAAUAUCAGCAAGGAGCAUUGCACCAAGUAUGUUCAAUUUGGGAACACGUUCAACUUGUUGCACGCCGCUGCAUCGUUUAUCAGUGUCCAUCAGAAGAGCGUUGGCGUGGCGGGUGUGUCUGAUAAGUAUGGGAAACGGAGUUGGGCGAGAUAUCCGGCGCUUUGGACACUUAAGCAUGUCGAUUCGUUGCCUAAUCCUGAUCCGAGCGAUAUUGCAGCCCUCGACGAGAAUCCAAUCGCGAUUCGUGACGUGAAGAUCGACGAGGCUGCAGAGGCGGAGCGUCCUGAGCAUAAGCGGCAGGCGCAGGAGUGGGCUGGGAUUAAGCAGGAUCCCAACUCUGAUCUGUUCGUGUUUGUGGGACGGUGGUCGAAGCAGAAGGGUGUGGACCUUAUCGCUGAUGUCAUGCCAUCGCUCCUCCAAAAGCGUCCAAGGAUCCAGAUCAUCGCCGUUGGUCCUGUGAUUGACUUGUACGGCCGUUUCGCUGCGGAGAAGCUGGCGCGUCUGAUGGAGAUGUAUCCUGAUCGGGUGUACUCCAAGCCUGAGUUCACUGCGCUGCCGCCGUACUUGUUCAGCGGUGCUGAUUUUGCUUUGAUCCCAUCUCGCGACGAGCCGUUUGGUCUUGUUGCUGUGGAGUUUGGAAGGAAGGGGGCGCUUGGUGUGGGCAGUCGUCUUGGUGGUCUUGGUCUCAUGCCUGGUUGGUGGUAUCCCGUAGAGUCGAGUUCAACAGGCCAUCUUCUCUCUCAGCUGUCCAAAACUAUCAAAAUGGCUCUCAGAUCGACGGAAGAGGAGCGCGCUGUCCUUCGAGCCAGGUCUGCUGUACAGCGAUUCCCCGUCGUCGAGUGGCGCCAGCGCAUGGAAGACCUGCACAAGCGUAGUAUCAACUCGAGUAGAGGUAUUGCCGGCGAUAAUGCUUGGCGUGAAUCGGAUUGUGGUUCUGGGGAGCCUCAGGUGGUGGUCGAAUCAGACGACUUCAGUCCUGCGAACGAGAGUUUGCCUUUACAACCAGAAUGGGACGUCCAAAGCGUGCCUUCGUCUCCUCUCGUGUUCCCCAGUUCACCAGGUCGAUGGAGCCGCGAAAGUUUGCCAAUGUCAUCGAGUGGUGAGGCCUUCCUUGCUGCUAGUACCCCUCCACGUUUGGUUGGAAGCAAUAGAGGGACGAGCACGGAUAUGUCGCACGACGAUAGCUUUUCGGCAACUAGUCACAGUAUGGUGAGUCCCGAUAACCAGGGCUUUGGUCAUUUCUUGGAGAGGGCGAAUCGGACGAUUGCGCAAGGUCAAUUGAAUUUGCCUGAUCCAUUCUUGGAUGCACCACCUACGAGACGCUUUGUUUCCCAUACGCGAGUCCUGUCUUCUGAGUCGAUCGGUUCUAUCGUCGAAGAAAAGUCUAAUUCACCCCUCAACAAGGCGAUUGCUUCGUUUACAGACUCGGAUGGUGGAGUUGCGCAAGAGUUUGUUCAAAAACUCCAAGGGCUGACACCAGAGAAUUCGAAGGGUGAACUUUCGAUUGAGAAAUACCUAGUAAAAUCAGAAGAGGCAUUCUUCAAUAAGGUGCGACGGGAGAAGCUUUCCAGCGCCGCCAGUUACAUCUCAUCUCAUCGAGACUCUACCUGGAGCUCGCAUCUCCCUUCGUUGAAUGAUCAAUCAUUGCCGAUGUCUCCCAGUACCCCUAGCUCGGCACCUUUCGGCCACGAUUAUAGUGGCGCUGUACCUCCUGAUAGUGAUAUAGUCAUUAUGACCAGGGUGCAGAUAGCUCUGUCCCGAAAAAUUGGUGGUUGGCCCUUGUAUACUAUUAUUAUUGCGCUUGGACAGAUGCUGGCGGCCAACAGUUAUCAAAUGACCUUGCUCACUGGCCAGAAUUACCAAAACAAUCUCCAACUGUAUGUCCUUGGUGGUGUCUUCUUAGCCGCGUCCUUCGUUUGGUACGCUCUUUUCCGGUUCAAACCCUCGUUUUAUAUUCUCGCCUUCCCAUGGUUAUUCUAUGGUCUUGGAUUCUUUUUGAUUGGACUGCCAUCGGUGUCUCACAAGUUGGAACCUGCCUAUGCUAUCAUAGCGGAUCUGGCUACAUGGUCGUAUGCUGUUGGAUCUGCAGCUUCCUUUGCGUUCUUCGGGUUAAACUUUGGUGAAGAAGCAGGUGCUGCAACCGAAGUCUGGACGUUAAGGGCUUGUAUCGUACAGGGAUCGCAACAGAUAUGGAUAGCGGCUCUGUGGUAUUGGGGUAACACGCUAAAUGGUUCUAAGCCCGGAUAUAUUCCUCCCUGGUGGCUUCUCGUCAUUCUCUGGCCGCUGGCUUUCCUCAGUUUCUUCUUUGCAUAUCUCAUGUUUGUUGGGCUGCCAGAAUACUACCACCAAACACCUCCGAAGGUGCCCAAUUUCCUGAAAACCCUCUUCCGUCGAAAAUUGGUACUUUGGUUCCUUGCAUCCGAAGUUUUACGUGAUUACUGGCUCAGCGGUCCUUAUGGUCGUAACUGGGGUUUCCUCUGGAGCGUUCCUAUCGCGAAGUGGCAGACUCUAUUGCUCAUCGUCCUGUUUUUCAUCGGAGUUUGGGCUUUAAUGCUUUAUAUCCUGACGCAUUUGAGUAAGACUCACACUUGGUUGCUACCACUCUUUGCUGUUGGUCUGGGCGCGCCGAGAUGGUGUCAGACUCUUUGGGGCACUUCCUCCCUUGCUCUGUACAUUCCUUGGGCAGGCAAAGGAGGUCCAUACCUUGGACUUUCUUUGUGGUUGUGGCUCGGUGUUCUUGAUGCUAUUCAAGGUGUUGGACUUGGAAUGAUUCUACUUCAGACGUUGUCACGAUUACACGUCUGUGCUACUCUUGCGUUUGCCCAGGUCAUCGGAUCAAUCUGUGUAAUGGUCGCUCGUGCCACUGCACCUAAUAGAAUUGGUCCCGGUAGCGUUUUCCCAGAUGUCGGGACCUGGGAUUUCUCAAGCGGAUUAAAAGGCAGUCCGAUGGCUUCUGCGCCGUUCUGGGUUGCUCUCAUUUGCCAGAUCGUCAUAGUAAUUGGCUACUUCUGGUUCUAUCGUAAAGAACAACUGUCUCGACCAUGAUCACGAUCUCAAAAAUCCACAAAAAUCUGUCACUGUGUUUUUUCAUUAUGGACUCGGAUAUUUUCAUUCGCAUUACGGUUAUCUCGCGCCUGGGGUCGAUUGUGCUAUCACUGUUAG